AGUAUGACGAGAACGUCGGCAUAGCGUGCACGCGUCCCGGCGUUUCAUUCAUUCGAACCACGUGUCGAUCGUAAUUCGAAUUAUAAAAACAAAAUCUUCUAUUUCCAAAUUCAAUCUUGACGGUUAUUAAAAAGAAAUUGAUUUAAAUCAGUGAUUAGUAUUUAGAAUGCUUUGGAAACCGGUUUUUAAAAUUAAAUUUGUUUUUCAUAAAAUGUGUUGAUAAAAGUGGACAGUGUCUGUGAAUUAAUUUGAGUUUUAAUGGUUAUUCAGUGACUUUACAGUAAUGUUUUUAGAUAAAUACGCCUUUAGGAUUUUGGUGGUGUUGAUUAUGUCUAUUGGAUACGUUAAAAAUGGAGAUGCAGAACAUACAACAGAAAAAGAGACAAGGCCAGAAUACAUACAUCCAGACGACCUCCUGACAUUUGAUCCUUACCUCUCAGACUUCAAACAAGAAGUAGAAGAGGACGACUACAUCCCAAUACCAGAAAACGAUGAAACGAUUGACGGCCUACCAAUAUUCUUACUAGAACCAAAGAACUCUUAUGUUAUCAAAACAAAACCUGCAACUUUACUAUGCAGAGCAGCUAAUGCUUUGCAAGUAUUCUUCAAAUGUAAUGAUGUACGAACAGACAAAACUGAGCAGUUCGAACAUGUGGAUCCACAGAAUGGAGUAAGAGUGGUUGAAGCUGAACUGAAUGUAACUAGAAAUGAGCUAGAAGCGUAUUUUGGUGGGAAAUAUAGCUGUGAAUGCUUUGCGUGGAACAGCAAAGGAAAGAUUCGGAGCCAAGCUGUGUAUAUUGAAUAUGCCUAUAUAAAGAAGCAGUUCGCCUACCAGCCUCAGUCCACAACAGUAGAAGCGGGUCGAGGGGCGGGCUUCCGAUGCAAGCCUCCGCCCGCGGCUCCGCCUGCCACCAUCAAGUGGACCAGAAACGGAGUUGUACUAGAGGCUACUGACGAAGCUCUAGUAUUGCCUAGAGUCGACUUACAGGACAUGGCAAACUACACUUGUGUGGCUGAGAACAUCGCAGGGCGUCGGGAGUCUGAUGUGGCAGUUCUCUCUGUAUAUGUAAAUGGUGGCUGGUCGUCCUGGACACCAUGGCUGGCCUGUCGCUGCGGCUCACAGACUAGUGGUCGCCGUCGGACUCGCUCGUGCACGGAACCAGCACCAGCUAACGGAGGCGCUCCUUGCAGAGGACCUGCUGAACAGACUGACGACGAUUGCUUGAGAUGUCAUAGUGGAGGCACCUGGUCAUCUUGGGGAGAAUGGUCCGUCUGCAGCGAGGAGUGUGUUCGAGUCAAGAGGAGGACGUGUACUGGCACUUGUUCUGGAGCAACUGCACAGCAUGCUUCGUGUGUCGAUGGGAUGUGCGCGCCUGGAAUUAGAAUGUACACAAACAACACAACAUUAUACGUGGGGAUUGGAAUCACGAUUGCCAUGUUGAUCGCUGGUGCCGCCAUACUGUUCGUCUGGUGCAAGUACAGGAGCGCUAGACCUGGGUAUGCUGCCGCUCGAGCAGGCAUACCGAAGACAUACUCAACUCGGGAAAAGGGUAACACUGGACCUGAUCUGACUCGAAGCUGCAACCAGUAUUGGAUGCAAGGACCUGACAACCACUACGACAUGCCGCAGUUAAGAGACAGUUACGCAUCACCUUUCGUGAAUCGGAGUCAUCACCCGUCAUCGGCUGGCAGUAAUCAUUACGAGAUGAAGCCAUACAGUCCAUCAGCUGACUCAGCGUCUAGCUGCUACACUAAUUCCAGGACAAUAACCUCGCGUUCAAGUGAGUGCUCCUCAUCGCAAAUGGCGGACCUCGUGACGUCAUCGCCCAUGUCCAAGGUGGACGUGGCGGUGACCCUACCAACUGGACCCCUAGACACGAGCUAUAGGGACAAAAUCUGUUUGACUAUAGUGAAGUGAGGACAAAUGGUGCAAUGAGGAAUAAACUUAUCUGGCCGGUAGGGACGUCGCUACUGUUGAAUUUAAAAAAUAGACGUCAUAAUGACUUUUGAACGUCUCCCAUUUAGGUCGCCGUAUCACGUGUCAUUAUGUGUUUUAACUGUCGUUUUUGAAAAUUCGGUUAACGGUUGGCAGUAUUUCAGAAGAAUUUUAAUUUUUUUCAAAUUUCAUCAUAAGUGCUUAUUGUGCGAACCGUAAGGCGAGCGCUAUAAUAAGGCCGAAAUUAACAUAACACGCUAAUAUCAUAUUGUACUAUUUAUUAUUUAUGUACAAUUAGUUAACUGUAGGUAUUAAACCUACAGUUGAAAUGCUGUUGUGAGUUAAAAAAAUGUGUUAAUUUUUUGUGUAUCAAAACAGUUUUAGAUUCAUAGUAGAAUAAUUUAUUUUUACACAUUAUUCUACUAUGUAUCAAAUGCACACGUUUUUUAAAGACCAACAAACCACUUUGUGAAUAUGUAGUUAUACAUUUUUUUUUAGUUUUCCUAUUUAUUACGUUGUGUCCUUAAGUUUUGUUGUUUGUAGUGCUUUUAAUUCGCUUGUUUCAUUAACUAUUAAUUAAAAUAACACUUUUUUGACUAUUAAGUUUCGUAAUAUAAAUUGUAAUAUUUUUAUGAAUUGUAUUAUUGUCAAUGCAUUUAAAUUUUUGUAUAAAGUUCUUGAUGCAAGACUGAAUGCAAUGAUUAAUCACUGCCAAUUAAAUUAUUACAUAAAAUAUCACAAAAAGACCUCUUCAUUAGAAUAAUAAAUAAUCAACAAAACUAAUAAUGUGCUUAUCUAAAAUCGUUUUGUAAAUUAAUUCUUAAGUAAAUCUUAUGAAAAUAAUUAACAACAAACAUAUUGUAUCUAUAUCACGUUAUUUUCAAUACGUAGUGUAAAACAAAAUCGCUUCCCACUGUGUCUCUGUAUGUAUCCUUAGAUCUUUGAAACCACAAUGGAACAAUGGAUAUUGAUGCGCCUUUUUUUAAUAGAGUGAUUCAAGUGCAAGGUAUAUGUGAAUAAUUAAUUAUGGUUUUACCAAAGCGAAGCCGAGACGAACCACUAGUUAUAUACUUAAAAAAAAAAAACUUUAAGUAUCAGUCUUAUUUUUCACGAGAAAUAUUUGAAGAAUUUUUAUAUAGAGGUCUUUUUAUAUUUACGUCAUUGUAUUGAUAGAUACUUGACAACAAAAUAAUGACAAUCCUGUUGCAUAGCUCUUCAGAGGGUUAAAUGUAAAUAUUGUAUUUUAAUCUGUGAUAUUUUAUAUGAAGUAAAAAUAAAACGUAAUAAACUAUC